UUGUGUCUAAGUCAAGCACCACCCUCCACGCAAAAGCUUUGAACAGUUAAAGAAUAUUGAAUCAUGGCGAAUCUUACCUAUUUUCCAUUGAAUAUUUUGCCAUUAUAUAUACAGCAUUUGUUAUAUAUUCAAACCGAGGAAGUGACUAAUGAAUAUGCAAUGAACGAAGGUAGAAGAGUCAUGCAUCACCAUUGACCUACCUCGUCUUCAAAUGCUCCUUCAUUUUUUGUUAUUUAUUGUAUAUUGUAUAUUCUUCACAGAACAAGACCAUAUGAGGUAGAGCAUGCUUCAGAAAAUCCAUUAAUGGCUUCUUCAACACUGUGUUUGGCUAUUCUCAUUCCUUUGAUAUUCUUCCACAAUUUGCAUGCUUCAUCGUCCUUCUCUCUCUCCGUAGAGAACUUCAAAGAAGAAGUGAUAGUGUCAUCACCCAAACCAACGUUCACAGUAGGCUUUUACGCCGUCGGAAAAAAUGCUUUCUGCUUCGCAGUAUGGUACACUCACUCACCCGACACCCUUGUUUGGAUCGCCAACCGGGACCAACCGGUUAACGGAAAACGAUCCACGCUCUCCCUUCUCAAAACCGGCAACCUCGUACUCACCGACGCCGGCCAGUUCCAAGUGUGGUCCACCAACACAGCCACCGCAUCCGAACAAGUCCGCUUACAUUUGCACGACUCCGGCAACCUCGUACUCCUCGAAGAUUCCUCCGACAACGCUGUUUUGUGGCAGAGCUUCGAUUUCCCAACCGACACGCUUCUUCCGGAUCAACCUCUGCAAGGGAGCACCAACCUCGUUUCCUCGAGAAGUGGGAGCAACUACUCCUCCGGUUUCUACAGGCUCUUCUUCGACUUCGAGAACGUUCUACGCCUCAUGUACAAGGGUCCUCGAGUUUCCAGCGUUUUCUGGCCUUACGCUUGGCUUCAGAGCAAUAACUUCGGGAAUGGCAACGGCAAUGGUAGAUCCAUUUUCAACGAUAGCAGGGUUGUUGUGAUGGAUGAUUUAGGCUAUUUGGUUUCUUCUGAUAACUUCACUUUCAAAACAAGUGAUUACGGAAUGAGACUCCUACGCAGAUUGACUCUUGAUCACGACGGCAACGUUCGCUUUUAUAGCAUGAAAGACGGAGAAGACAAGUGGUCUGUGUCAGGACUAUUUCGACAACAACCUUGUUUUAUUCAUGGGAUUUGUGGACCCGACAGUAUUUGCAGCUAUGAGCCAAGAAACGGAAGAAAGUGUUCCUGUAGUCCAGGGUAUAGAUGGUUUGAUAGUGAAGACUGGUCUCAAGGUUGCAUACCCAGUUUCCAACUUUGGUGCAACAACACUGAGCAAAAAUCUCGUUUUCUAAGCUUACCUGGAGUUGAUUUUUAUGGAUAUGACUAUGGCCUCUUUGACAAUCACACCAACCGACAAUGUGCGAGUCUGUGCUCGCAGUUGUGCGAAUGCAAAGGGUUUCAAUACAAGCCUGUGAGGGGUGCUAAUGGUCAGUGCUAUCUCAAGACACAGUUGUUAAAUGGCCAUCGUGCACCGAGUUUCACCAAUUCAUUCUUCCUGAGACUGCCUUUGCUCCUCCAUGACUAUGAUGAGAGCGCUAGCAAUAAUGGUUUGGUUUGUGGAAGAAACGGUGGAGGAAUUAUAGAACUUGAGAGGCCUUACGUUGAAGAAAAAGAAAAUGAGUUGGUGAAGUUCAUGUUAUGGUUUGCGAUUUCCUUCGGAGGAAUUGAGGUCGUGUGCAUCUUUAUGGUGUGGUGUUUCCUGUUUAGGAAUAACAGGAUGUUACCCAGACAAGGUUAUGUUCUUGCAGCUGCAACGGGAUUUAGAAAAUUCAGUUACUCUGAACUGAAGCAUGCCACUAAAGGUUUCAGUGAAGAGAUUGGAAGAGGGGGUGGAGGUACCGUUUAUAAAGGGUUCUUGUCUGAUGAUCGAGUUGUGGCGAUAAAAAGACUACACGAAGUAGCAAACCAAGGAGAGAGUGAGUUUCUGGCAGAGGUAAGCAUCAUUGGAAGGCUUAACCACAUGAACUUGAUAUGCAUGUUGGGGUAUUGUGCAGAGGGAAAGCAUAGGUUGUUGGUUUAUGAGUACAUGGAGAAUGGUUCUUUGGCUCAGAACCUUUCAUCAGCUUCAAAUGUGCUUGACUGGAGCAAAAGGUAUAACAUUGCCCUGGGAACAGCAAGGGGUCUGGCAUACUUGCAUGAAGAAUGCUUGGAGUGGAUUCUGCAUUGUGACAUCAAGCCCCAAAAUAUACUUCUUGACUCUGAUUAUAAACCAAAAGUAGGGGAUUUUGGGUUGUCUAAGCUACUUAACAGGAACAACCUCAACAAUUCAAGCUUUUCAAGGAUACGAGGAACAAGAGGUUACAUGGCACCUGAAUGGGUUUUCAACUUGCCAAUCACUUCCAAGGUGGAUAUCUACAGCUAUGGCAUUGUUGUGUUGGAGAUGAUCACUGGAAGGAGCCCAACAACAGGUGCUCAAAUCACAGAGAUAGAAGCAGAGACACCUCAUCAUGAGAGGUUGGUGACAUGGGUGAGGGAGAAAAGGAUGAAAGGAUCAGAAAAUGGAUCAUCUUGGGUGGAUCAAAUUGUUGACCCUGCUUUGGGAACAAACUAUGACAUGAAUGAAGUGGAGAUAUUGGCAACAGUGGCUUUGGAAUGUGUAAAGGAAGACAGAGAGGGGAGACCUAACAUGAGUCAAGUUGCUGAGAGGCUCCAAAUUCAUGAACAUGAUUCUUAAUGGCUUGAACAAAGAUUAGCCACUUCCUCAAUGGUUUUCACUUUUUUGAUGAUUUAGUCUAUCAUAAAAAAUUGUCUGUUUGUGCAGUUUAAUCUUUUGUUGUACAUCAGUUGCAGUGUUUGGCAACAUGUUACAGUUGCAUAAUAGUAUUUCAGUAG